UCUCAAGCUAGCCGUAAUUGUCGCCAACUAUCGCAGCCUUCCGACAGAUGGUGAUUGUUAGUGAAAAUGGCCUCCCUAAAAAUAUGCUCGCAGAGCUCUAAACAAUGGGCGAGCUUGUCGUCGAUUGUGUUUACGCCCACGGCGUCGUACAGCACCGAAGUAAACAUCAACUCUCGGAUGUCGGCCUUUCGAAGAGGAACUGGAGGAAGAUCUAGCUUUAACGGAGUUGUAGCUACUGUUUUUGGAGCUAAUGGUCAUCUAGGUUCUGUUGUCUGCAAUAAGUUGGGUAAUACAGGCACCCAGCUAGUGCUACCUUACAGAGGGGACUUCUACGAUGUUGCACCACUGAAGAUGUGUGGAGACUUGGGCCAGGUCUACUUUACACCUUACAACCUUAAAGAUGAGAAUAGUAUCAGGAAAGCUCUGAAGCAUUCCAAUCUUGUCAUCAAUGUGGUUGGCAGGGAAUGGGAGACUCGGAAUUUUUCAUUUGAGGACAUCUAUGUGAAAGGUCCAAGAACUAUUGCACGUAUUGCUAAGGAAUGUGGCGUUGAAAGAAUGAUCCAUGUCUCAGCUUUAAAUGCAACUGAGAAACCUGAACCUCUUAUGCUUAAAGAAGGUUCAAAGUUUUUGUCUGCUAAAUGGAGAGGUGAACUAGCCGUUCGCGAGGAAUUUCCCGAAGCAGUUAUUUUCCGACCGUCGGAUAUCUAUGGUUCAGAGGAUCGAUUCGUUACUUAUUAUGCUGCAUUUUGGCGCCGUCAAGGUGCAGGUAUGCCGCUGUGGAAAAAGGGAGAACAUACCAUCAAACAACCCGUAUGUGUUGGGGACGUAGCUCAGGGAAUUUUGAAUGCUGCCAGAAACAUUGAUACCAAUGGGCAAAUUUAUCAAGCUAUUGGGCCUAAGCGAUAUCAACUUGGAGAGCUAGUUGAUUAUUUUUUCCGUGUUAUGCGUAAGGAUAAAGAAUGGGGCUAUUACCGUUACGAUUUGCGUUAUGCCCCUCUGUUCUGGUUAAAAGUCAAUUUAACAACAAAACUUCCAGGAUGGCCUAUCGCAAACCUUGGAUGGGAAAAACUUGAACGAGAACACGUUACCGAUUGUGUUGACAAUUCCCUGCCGACACUGGAAGACUUGGGGGUUACUUUGACGCGAAUUGAGGAUAGAGCCCCUUGGUUGUUGAAAAUGUAUCGUGCCCAUAAUUAUUACGACGAGGAAUUGGGAGAAUUUGAAAAACCUGCCCCCCCUCCUAUUGUUGCCUAAUCUAAAGGCUCUAAUAGUCACCCUGUUGGCUAUCGUGUACAUUUUUUUUUUCAUCCGAGUUGUUCAAACAGGUAGUCUAUAAACUGAAGAAAGGCCAAAA